AUGAAGCUCGGGUUUCUAGGAUUGGGAAUGAUGGGCACGCCCAUGGCUCUGAACCUGGCUCGCAAGUUCCCCCUCGUCGUCUGGAAUCGGAGCGCUGCCAAGUACCCCCCGUUAAUAAAAGCGGGAGCGACGAUCGGUGAAACGCCAUCGAAGGUGGUUGAGCAGUCCAGUGUCAUCUUCACAAUGCUGUUUGAUGGGCUUGCAAUCCAGUCGAUAUUUAACGAAGAUUUCAAGCAGGCAUUGCGAGGGAAAACACUCGUCAACACGAGUUCUGUCUCGGUUGGUUUCAGCCAUUCUCUAGCUCAGCAGGUCCGCGACGCAGGUGGUAACUUCAUUGAGAUGCCCGUCAGUGGUAGCAAAGUCCCUGCCGAGCAAGGAAACCUGGUCGGCAUGAUGGCUGGGGAUCUAGCCAUUGCCGAGAGCAUCCGUCCUGUCUUGGAACCGAUUACCAACGCCGCAGUCUACUGCGGCCCCAUUGGAUCCGGCCUCCAAACUAAAUACGCUGUCAACCUCUAUCUUGUUGCAAUGACCGUCGGUCUCGCCGAAUCCUUCAACCUCGCUCGAGCACAGGGUCUCAACCUCGAAGCUCUUGGAAAGGUGCUUGAAAUGGGCCCCAUGGCUUCCGCAUACUCAAAAAUUAAAGUUGCCAAGAUAAUUAAGCAGGAUUGGUCGGCCCAGGCAUCUAUCAAAGAUUGUCACAAUAGCACCCAACUCAUUCAAUCAGCCGCCAAGGCGGCAAAGGUUCAAUCGCCACUCUUGGAAACCUGCGGCUCGCUGUACGAGCAAGCCAAAAAUUCGGGUCUUCAGGAGGAAGACAUGAUUGCUAUUGUGAAAAAGUUUUCAAAAUCGUGGUCUGAAGAUGGAAGUAAUGUAGAAAACAGCCAAAUUCCAAAGGACAUUUAA